AUGCCUCCACACGUACCGCGCAAGCGGUUGCGCGAGGAGUCGCCAGUCAAAUCCAGCCCCAAACGCCAACAGGUAGCCAAGGGUCAACCAAAGCUCGCAGCGCCAUCUGCUCGCAGGAAGCCGACUCUGUACGAUGAUCUGGAUGCUACUAGCACGCCCGACUCCUCCAAGGUCGGCCGCUCCGCUAUUGAUGUUCUGAGCGACAGCGAUGACACCAGUGCAUUAAGCGACUUAUCCGACGGCGAUUUCGAGGAUGUCCCUGUCGCAAACGGACAAAAGGCCGAGGAGCCAUCCGAAGAUGAUGAUAACGACGACAUCGAGUUUGAGGAUGUUCCUGCCCCACGAACCACCUUGGCAAAGGCGGCGACAACUUCUCAAGAACUGCAGCUUACCCUCGAUGCCGGGCUUGGAACUGCAAUGACCGACCCCUAUGGCGACAAAAAGGGACCGACGAAGCGCGAAAAGAAGAUCCGCAAUGUGACGCAUUGUAUUCACGUCCAGUAUCUUCUCUGGCACAACGCACUUCGAAACUCGUGGGUUAGCGAUCUUGAAGUCCAGGCCAUCAUGUUGUCUCAUGUUCCACCACGCCUUUGGGAAGAAGUGGAGAGGUGGAGGAGAGCCAGCGGACUCGACACGAAGCCAAAGGAACCUCCAAAGAAACCAGCCAGGCCACCCAAAAAGACCAGAGGCAAGGGUAAGGGGAAGAAAGUCGAGGAGGAGGAAGAGAACUCUCGGGAUUGGGGUCCUGCCGCCGAGAGGUUGGAAGCAGGGGCUGUCGAUAUGAGCCACGGCGAUCCACUGUUCAGACUCAUGAAGUCUCUCGUGGCGUGGUGGAGGCAACGCUUUCGCGUCACAGCGCCAGGCAUUCGGAAGUGGGGUUACAUGCCACCUGAACGACUCGGCAGAUUACGAAAGGCCUGGGAGACCGAGGAUCAUGACCAGGAGCGCUUCGGAGAACGAAUCAACGGACUCGAGGGUUUCCGGAAAUGCGCCCAGGAGUGUACAGGAAGCCGAGAUACAGGGUCGCAGCUCUUCACAGCCCUGAUGAGAGCUCUGGGACUUGAGGCCCGGAUGGUCGCCAAUCUGCAGCCUUUAGGCUUCGGAUGGACGAAGUUGGAGGAGGCAGACCCUGAGAAGGAGAAGAGUGUGCUUUCCGUUACCAACAGCAGUGACGUAAUGAGCGAGAAUGGGAAGGCCAGCGGAAAGACGAAGAAAGCGGCAAAGAAUACCCCGGCGAAGAAGAGCGUUAAACAAACACCCAAAAGCACAACAUCAUCACGAAACGCCAGUACGAGGCGCGCAAGCCAGAAGAAUGCCGUCAUUGAGAUAGAUGACUCGGAUGAUGAACUCGGCUUGGAGCACCCGGAUAGCGACGACGAAUCGAUUAUAGAAUUAGAAGUGACACCGCGGAAGUCUGCAGCGGCGUCCAAAAAGUUCGACAAGGGCUUGGAGUUCCCUCAUUAUUGGACGGAAGUUCUGUCACCAAUAACGAAGAAGUACCUGCCGGUUGACCCGAUUGUCAAGAAUGUCAUUGGCACCAACCGAGACCUGAUUGAAUCGUUAGAGCCGCGCGGAGGAAAGGCAGACAAGGCAAAGCAGGUCAUGGCGUAUGUUGUUGGCUUUUCCCCGGAUGGUACAGCCAAGGACGUAACGGUCCGUUAUCUCAAAAAGCAACUUUGGCCGGGCCGAACGAAAGGCUCAAGGAUGCCACCAGAGAAGAUUCCGAUCUACAACCGCCACGGAAAGGUGAAGCGUUAUGAUCAGUUCGACUGGUUCAAAUUGGCCAUGAAAGGCUUCGCGCGGGGCGGUCAAAAACAUCCGCUUACAGAAGAGGACGAAAUUGAGGAUUCGACUGAUCUGACCCCGGCUCAACCAGAGAAGAAGGAGGUGAAGGAGGGCAGUGAGACUCUGGCGUACUACAAACAGUCAAAGGAGUUCUGUCUCGAGCGUCACCUCAAACGAGAAGAGGCUCUUUUGCCGUCGGCUGUGCCUGUCAAGACUUUCAAAAAUAAAGGGAAGGGCGGGGAGGUCUCCGAGGAGCCAGUCUAUUCGAGACAACACGUCGUCAAUGUCAAGAGUGCGGAGACAUGGCACAAACAGGGAAGAGCACCCAAGCCUGGCGAGCAGCCGCUCAAGCGGGUGCCCUAUCGCGCGGCAACGACCAACCGACGCCGCGAGAUCGCAGAAGCCGAGGCCAUCAGCGGCGAAAAGGUUCUUCAGGGGUUGUACAGUUUUGACCAAACAGAGUGGAUCAUCCCGCCUCCUAUCAAGGACGGUGUCAUCCCCAAGAACGAAUACGGGUACGCUUUCCCCUUCACGCUCGUUGGCCACUUCACUGACACGACUAGUAAUAUUGAUCUCUUCGCCGAACACAUGUGUCCUCAGGGUAAUGACUUGUAUGAAUUUUGCCAAUUGGACUGCUUUGCUGAUAUGGUCACAGGUGCCGCUCAUGUCCCAUUCCGAGGGGCUGUCAAGGUCUGCAAAAGGCUCAAGAUCGACUACGCCGAAGCCGUCGUGGAUUUCGAAUUCGGAAACCGGAUGGCUGUGCCCGUCAUUCAAGGUGUUGUCAUCGCCGAAGAAUACCAUGACCAGGUGAUGGAAGAAAUUCGUAAGGACGAAGUAGAACGGGCACGAAAGGAGGACGAGAAGAGACGCAAGGAGGCGCUGAGGGUAUGGAGCAAGUUCUUAAAGGGCCUCAGAAUCGUCGAGCGAAUUCGCCAGGAUUACGGACAUGUCGAUGACAGCGUGCCGGUUUUCCAAAAAGGAGCAGCUAAAGCUGCCAAGGACACCUACCGAGAAGAGGAAGAAGAAGAGCCGAGCCGGAUAGACGUAGAAACUAUGCGCAUGAGGGACGAGGAGAUGGCUGGCGGUUUCUUUCCGGAAGGUCACGAGGAAGAAGAGGUCGAGCAGCCUCAACGGUUCACGUCUGGUUUCUUCCCAGUGGUUGACGAUGGUGACGAAGACCAGGACAUGGACGGUGCUUUGGUCGUGGACCACGGCCGCGACGAGAAGCCGGACAUGACGGAAGAUGCGGAUGGCACGGCUGGCGCUGAGGAACUUUCGCCAGAUCCGGACCCUCUUCCUGCGCCGGUGAAGGCCAAACCGAAUGCGAAGAAAAAGGCGAUGAGACGAUCAACGAGGCGCAGGCAAAGACCCAUCUCCGAUAGUGAGGACGAGGACGAGGACGAUGGCGAUUUCGUGGCCUCAGACGACAAUGCCGAGUAA